ACGGAGGGUGCCGCCCGCUGAGGUACCUGUGCUGCGCGCUGAGGUGCCCGCCCUGCCCGAGCCCGGACCCUGCCCAUGCGGCUCUACCCGAGCCGGCAGGUGCACGCCGGGCUCUCUUGAGGGAACGGCUCAGGGUUUGGGGCUGGGGGACGUCCCUCGGUGGCCGCUGGUGACGGGAGGAGCUGAGAGGGCCGUCAGGUGCCCGCCAGGAACAGGAUCUGCUUGGAAGAGCUUAAGAUUGGGUAGAGAAGAUGUUUCCUUUAAGAGAUACUGAGAUGGGUGCUUCCACCUUCUUUGCCUCAGCUCUUCCACAUGAUGUCUGUGGAAGUAAUGGCCUCCCUCUGACACCCAACUCCAUCAAAAUUUUAGGGAGGUUUCAAAUCCUUAAAACAAUCACCCAUCCUAGACUUUGCCAGUAUGUUGAUAUUACCAGAGGUAAACAUGAGAGACUGGUUGUGGCUGCUGAACACUGUGAAAAUAGUCUGGAAGAUUUGCUACGAGAGGGAAAACCAGUCAGUUCCUCAAGGAUUUUGUGCAUUGCAUACGAGGUUCUGCAAGGUUUGCAGUAUAUGAACAAACAUGGAAUGGUCCACCGAGCACUCUCCCCUCGCAAUAUACUUUUGGAUCGAAAGGGACACGUCAAGUUGGCUAAAUUUGGACUUUACCAUAUGACUGCUCAGGGUGUUGAUGUUGAUUUUCCUAUAGGGUACCCAUCUUAUCUGGCACCUGAAGUAAUUGCGCAGGGAAUGGUCAAACCAAGUGAUCAUACUCAGUGUGAGAAGCCUCUGCCUUCUGGCCCUAAAUCAGAUCUCUGGUCUCUUGGCAUAAUACUAUUUGAGCUUUGUGUGGGGAGAAAAUUGUUCCAGACUUUGGAGAUUGCAGAAAGAUUAAAAUUUGUAAUUACACUAGGCUAUGUAGAUGAUAUUGUAACUGUAUUAGCUGAAGAACACGGUUGCCUUGAUAUUAUUAAGGAUCUUUCUGAAAAUGUCAUAACUCUGCUGAAAAAAUGCCUUACAUUCCAACCUUCUAAGAGGCCAACUCCAGAGGAAUUGAUGCAUGACCAUUUGUUCAGUGAAGUAUCUUUGGCAUACCCUCCCUUUCACAAACCUGCUGGACUGUUCUCGUCCUCUCCGAGGUGUGCUGACUUAACGCUGCCUGAAGACAUAAGUCAGUUAUGCAAAGAUGAAGAUAACGAUUACCUAGCAGAAAGAUCAAUUGAAGAGGUUUAUUAUCUCUGGUGUCUGGCUGGAGGAGACUUAGAGAAAGAACUUGUCAACAAGGAAAUCAUUCGAUCAAAACCACCUGUCUGUACGCUUCCCAACUUUGUGUUAGAAGAUGGUGAAAGCUUUGGGCAAGGACGAGAUAGAAGUUCCCUUCUAGAUGACACAACUGUGACUUUGUCUCUGUGCCAGCUCCGAAAUAGACUGAAAGAUGUUGGUGGGGAAGCGUUUUAUCCAUUACUUGAAGAUGACCAGUCAACUUUACCUCAUUCAAAUAGCAGUAGUGAGCUGUCUGCAGCUGCCAAUCUACCUCUGAUCAUCCGGGAGAGGGACACAGAGUAUCAGCUAAACAGAAUUGUUCUGUUUGACAGGCUGUUGAAGGCCUACCCAUAUAAGAAAAACCAGAUCUGGAAAGAAGCCAGAGUUGACAUCCCUCCUCUCCUGAGAGGCAUAACCUGGGCUGCUCUGUUGGGUGUUGAGGGUGCCAUUCAAGCAAAAUACGAUGCCAUUGAUAAAGACACACCGAUUCCUACAGACAGACAAAUUGAAGUUGAUAUUCCUCGUUGCCAUCAGUAUGAUGAAUUGCUGUCAUCACCAGAGGGUCAUGCAAAGUUUAGACGGGUAUUGAAGGCCUGGGUUGUUUCCCAUCCUGACUUGGUCUACUGGCAAGGUCUCGAUUCUCUUUGUGCACCAUUCCUAUACUUGAAUUUUAACAAUGAAGCUCUGGCAUAUGCCUGCAUGUCUGCUUUUAUACCAAAGUAUUUGUAUAACUUCUUUCUGAAGGAUAAUUCUCAUGUUAUCCAAGAGUACCUAACGGUGUUUUCUCAGAUGAUUGCAUUCCAUGAUCCGGAGCUGAGCAACCACCUUAAUGAAAUUGGUUUUAUUCCCGAUCUCUAUGCUAUUCCGUGGUUUCUUACAAUGUUUACACAUGUCUUUCCUUUGCAUAAAAUUUUUCACUUGUGGGAUACAUUGUUGCUUGGAAAUUCCUCCUUCCCGUUCUGCAUUGGGGUGGCUAUACUUCAACAACUGAGAGAUCGUCUUCUUGCAAAUGGAUUCAAUGAAUGCAUUCUCCUUUUUUCAGACUUACCAGAGAUUGACAUUGAGCGCUGUGUUCGUGAGUCAAUCAACCUGUUUCGCUGGACCCCAAAGAGUGCUACAUACAGGCAAUAUGCACAGCCUCCUCGGCACGCCAAUGAGAGCAAUGGCACAAGAAGUUCAAUGUCCUGCUUUUCUGUAGAUUAUCAGGAAGCACCUAGAGGUGACCUGUCUAGGGAUUCUAUCAAGUUGGAUGACCUGAAGGCAGAGGUGUCACCACGGAUUUCAGCAGAAGAUCUGAUUGAUCUUUGUGAAUUGACAGGACCAAGUCAUUCCAAAACACCUAUAAAGAAAACAAAGUCUAGCAAGCCAAAGUUGCUGGUGGUGGACAUCCGUAACAGUGAAGACUUUAACCGUGGCCACAUCUCUGGCAGCAUCAAUGUCCCAUUUGCAUCAGCAUUUACUGCAGAAGGCGAUCUCAUCCAGUGCCCAGCAACUGCCACGCUCCAGAGCUUUAAAGGAAGAGUUGUAGUGAUUGUAGGAAAUGCAGUGAAGAACACAGCUGCUUUUGCAGCUCAUCUGGUGAAGAGCAAGUACCCACGGGUCUGCAUCCUAGAUGGAGGAAUCAACAAGAUCAAACCAACUGGUCUCCUCACUGUUCCUUCUCCACAAAUAUAAGUGACUGUGAAUAUUCAUGAUGAUUUAUCUGAAUAGGCAAGUCUUACAGUACAACAUCAAUAUUCUGAACCCAAAGGGCAUUACGGUGACUCUGUUAUACAAUUUCUGGGUGAUCAGUAUCUCACCUUGUGCAUCAAGAGAAAAGUUUUAUGAUUGUUCUUUGAUAUAGAGCUUCAUCUGCCACAGAUGAAAAAUGUGAAUCUUCCAGUUUUCUGAGAAACUUCUUUCAGUAGUGAUGUAGUGCAAAACUGGCUGAGCUCAUCUGAACUCAGCAUUCGAUAUCUUAGAAAUUUUUCUGCAGAAUGACAUAAACUGGCAAUUGAUUGCCCUAAGCUGUACUUAAAUAGAUUGUUUUUCAAAAGUAUUUUCCUGUGAAUAUUGAAAGUAAUGAGCUGAAAUUGUCAUGUGUAUCAAAGAAGAAAAGAUGUGUUCUCUCAUUUUAAAGAGUAAUUGUUGUAUCUUGUGACCUACUUUUUUCUUGCUUUUUUUUUUUUGAAAGCAUUUUACAUCUAGAUUGGAAAUAAAGGUAUGUCCUAGAUUGGAGAUUGCUGUAGGAGCUGCUGCUAAAUCAAUCCAAACUGUAUCAUGCACUGCAGAAGUGGAGAAGACUUGCUGUUAAGUGGAGAAUUUAACAGUCAGUUUCCUGAAACAUGACAAACACAACUAUUUCUUAAACAAUUAUUGCACCAGCAACAGAUUCUUGACAAUGCUGUGUCUGUGACAAUAGAUUGGUUACUCCCCAAAUAAUAGAUUUGAUCUGUGUUAGAAGCUCAUUCUUUAAAGAGAAACAAUGCACUUUUAAUAUUCAUAUGAAAACAGCUGAGAGAAAUCUUUAAUACAGGAAAACCAGUUUGUUAAAAUGUAAGAUGGACAGUACCUCUUUGAACUAAAUUUUUUCCCAAUUCUCACUUACUUUAGAUAGACAGCAAGAAGAAGCUCCUCAAUUUGUUUCUACAUUUUUCAAGUUUAGAAAAUGCUGGUAUAAGGCUUAAUAAGCACUGAAACUUGGAGUAGAAAAUAUGAUUUGUGAAAAGCCUGGUUACAGUUGUGUAUUAGUCUUCAUUGUGAGUUUGACACCAUGUUCUUUGUUAAAACAAAAAAUGUGAGACAGUACUUAAUACAACUUACUGUUAGGAUAACAAGGACUUGCCCUGAGAGGUAUGGCUGGUUAUCAUACACCUUUGUUGAGGAUUUUCUACCAUGAUUGGUUUAAACCAGAUUGGCAAAUAAGAACAUUGCAUGAACUAACUUGAUUUCAUUUUGUCACAAGAGAUUUCCAAGACAAAACGGUUGUGAAAGGAAAGAAGAGGUCACGGAGAAGGUUGUGAACUCAGGUCAUGAACAUUCUCUGUAGAUCACAGGCAAAAUGAUUACUUGUUUUUAUAUUUUCUGUUAUUUUGUAUAACUGAUACCAUGGAAUCUGAGGCCUUCUGGAAGGUGUUGAAAGAAGUCUUGUUUUCUUCUAUGCGAUGACCAGAAGACUUUAAUCUGUACCUUCAGAAGCUAGUCUCUCUGGAUUUUGUGCUGUUUCCUGGGAGGUUUAGUCUUACCACAGCUGUUACUUCGCAAACCAUAGUGGAAAAGUAUGAUGAAUGAAAAGAAUAUAGGGCAAAAACAAACAAACAACAACAACAACAAAAAAGACAACAUCAUUCACCUCUCUUUAUCUUAGCUGUGAUUUUUUUUCUUAAAAAAAAAAAAAACAGAAUUACUCUAUGCUAAUGUGUACAUGGACUUUCUUAAGUCUAAGUUCAGCAUCAUAUCCUGAAGCUUUCAAGAAUUUUUUUACUCUUUAAAAAUCUUAAGAGCUUUGGUAGAGCAACUGGAUAAAGGAGAUCAGAAGAAAAACCUAUGGGGCAGUUGAUUGCAUUUCUAUGUCAGCAAGAGCUUUCUGCAAGAAUGUCUGGCAAGGCCUUUUGUGCUUGGUUAACUUUAAAAGUGAUGCGAAAAUGGGAGUAGUGGGCAAACAGUAUGCUUGGAAAUAGAACAAAACCAUCAUAUUGGUCAAACUUUUGUUUGGCUGCUUGGAAAAAGGAGAAAACUGUGCAGUGCUAAGUGACAGAAAAUAAGUAUGGAAGGGUACCCGUGGGGCCCUGGAGAACCAAUUCUAACCGUAGUCUGUGGUGAAUGCAUUAAUAGAUAAGAUAUCUUCUCAAAUGCCUAACAGCAGCCGGAAAGCUCACGCAGAGUAUCAGUGGUUGUAAUGAAGGGAAUGAACAAUACAAGUUACUCCAUCACAAAAAUAAACUUCAUGGUGCACUUUAAGAAGAGCACAGUGGCAUUAUAAAUAAAUAUAAACUACACAAUAUAAAACAG